AUGUCAGGGACUGCGGACUUGUCGGAAGUGCCUUCUUUGCUGCGGCAGGCGGAGCAGCUAAUGAAGCCCCCGGGCUUUUUGGGGCAGCUCUUUGGCAAGGAAGCAGACUACGACUCUGCUGUGCUGCUGCUGCAGCAGUGCGCCCAG